UGGGCUGGGCCGCGCCGAGAAGCGUCUGUGAAGCGCGGCGGGAUGGACGGGGGUCCCUGCGGCGGCGGGGGGAGACGAGCGGCUUCGAUUGCAGCCUCUGUCUAAGUGUCGAGAGGGCUCCAGAUCAUCCUCAGCCAGACAGGCGUUGAACAUUUAGCAUCACUUCUUGGGGUUUUUGAAUGUGAAUUGGAACCACUGCAUUUCUAGGUUUGCUGGGAUGGGUAAUCUUCUUAAGGUCCUUACCAGGGAAAUUGAAAACUAUCCACAUUUUUUCCUGGAUUUUGAAAAUGCACAGCCCACAGAUGGAGAGAGGGAGGUGUGGAACCAGAUCAGUGCAGUUUUGCAGGACUCAGAAAGUAUGCUUGCAGACCUCCAGGCUUACAAAGGAGCUGGACAAGAAAUUAGAGAUGCAAUACAAAACCCCAAUGAUAUCCAGUUGCAAGAAAAAGCCUGGAAUUCCGUGUGUCCUCUGGUUGUGAGGCUGAAGCGCUUCUAUGAGUUUUCCCUCAGAUUAGAGAAAGCCCUGCAGAGCUUGUUGGAGUCCUUGACCUGCCCACCUUACACUCCAACUCAGCACCUGGAACGGGAACAGGCUCUAGCAAAAGAGUUUGCAGAAAUCUUACAUUUUACUCUUCGUUUUGAUGAACUCAAGAUGAGAAACCCAGCAAUUCAGAAUGACUUCAGUUACUAUAGGCGGACAAUAAAUCGCAACAGAAUAAACAACAUGCAUCUAGACAUUGAGAACGAAGUAAACAAUGAAAUGGCCAAUAGGAUGUCCCUGUUUUAUGCAGAAGCCACACCAAUGCUGAAAACGCUCAGUAAUGCAACUACACAUUUUGUAUCAGAAAACAAAACGUUACCAAUUGAAAACACAACAGACUGUCUAAGCACUAUGGCAAGUGUAUGUAAAGUCAUGUUGGAAACACCGGAGUACAGGAGUAGAUUCACCAGUGAAGAGACCCUUAUGUUCUGCAUGCGGGUGAUGGUGGGAGUUAUUAUUCUGUAUGAUCAUGUUCAUCCUGUGGGAGCUUUCUCAAAGACAUCAAAGAUUGAUAUGAAGGGAUGCAUUAAAGUUUUAAAGGAACAAGCACCUGACACUGUGGAAGGACUUCUGAAUGCUCUCAGGUUCACUACAAAACACCUGAACGAUGAAUCUACUUCAAAACAAAUCCGAGCUAUGCUGCAGUAGUACCCUGAGACAAGUAGAUGUUUGUAUUGAUCACAGAAGAUGUGUAUGUUUACAUAAUUUAAUGCAGUUUGAUGUUAAUACUUGUGUGUAUUUACAUAACCAUUUCCUUCACAUUGCUAAAAUACCUGAAUCUGUUCAUAACCUGACUGACUUUAUAUAGUUCAGCCUAAGUUUUUAUCCUAGCCUUUACCUUUUGACUUUUAAAAUACUUUUUUUUACUUUGGAUACUUCAGCUAUGACAGUUUUAUCUGUGCAUUUUAAUCCUUAAACACCUUCUCUAUCAGAGAAUAAGUAGUAAUGAAGACAAGUAAACUGAAAUGUCAAGGAUACCACAGGAAAGGAACUUGAAAGGAGGAAGUUAAGAGUAAGAGAAAGUACAAUGCAUUGGAUAGGCUUUAAGAACAUGUGCACUGUUUUUUAGUCAGUUUUAGGAUCUCUUCAAGCUUGUAUGAGCAGGAGAAUACCUGAAUGUUCAUCACUCUCAUCAAAAUAUGUUGUCUUUCCUUUAAUAACUGGAGAUCCACCUAAUUUUAAGGAGUAUGUGCUGGCUGACAUUCAAAACCACAUUGCAAAGAGGUCUUUUUCCCUCUUUUAUUCAGUAGAACCUGUACCUUUCCAAAGCUGAAAAGAUUAAUAUCCUUUUUCAGAUUCAGUUUAACUGAACAGAAAAUGUGUUUUAAGGCCAUUGCUAGGUUUUGAAAAUUCCUUAUCAUUUUGUUAGAUCCAGAAAGGACAGGGGAAAUACUAAUGCAGUGACUUAACUAGAAAGGGUUUGUCAGUGUAAAUAUACCAUCAUGAUCAUUCUGUCUCACUCAGCUCUACCUGGUAAGUAAUUUUUUUUGCUGAUAUAACCUGAUGUCAAGGAGAACAUUCUUCUGUAGCAGCAAACUUCCCUAGUGUCAAAUUGACCUCAUCAAACUAGGGAUAAUAUAAAUAAGUUUUAAGAUUUGAGCUGUUCUUGGGCACUUCAUCAGGUUCCUCGGGAGUGUUAUUCAGUAGGUGAUUCAGAGUCAACACACAAGUAUUUAUCAGCUGACUGCUCUUCAUUGGUUUUUGAGAUGUGAUUGAUACUUCAAGGAGUUGAGUUCCUUGCUGAGUUGUUCAUUCUUACUUUCUAGUCAUUUUUUCCAGUCAAUGGCAUAGAAAUACUUUGCCAGAAGCAGAAAAGUGGUCAGUCUCUGUUACGUGUGUCUUCUUGGUGGUCUGCAGUUGCUGUACAUAUUCUUGCAGAGAUCCCAUUCUCAAAAUGUGUUUGGUUUUGUGUACUUUGCUUGCAUGUAUGUGUGACAACUCCAGUGCUCGUGCACAGAUUCAGAUGGGUAUUUGCUUAUUCCUGUGUAUGGAAAUCAGGGUUUGUGGACUCUCACUGGAAUUUUCAUGCAUAUCACUUCUGAAAACGUUACCUUAAGACUUUGAAGAUGCGUCUGGUCUGCUGAAGCUCAGCUGCGCUGUGGCAGAUUCAGGCAUUGAACUGAGUCCUUAAGCAGUAUUAAUAUAAGUUCUUGGGAGCAAGAAUUGCCUUAGAGUUUAUUUUGGAGCAGAACUACCACUAUAAGGUUUCUCAAGCCUGGUCAGAACCUAGAGGUGCCAAUGUUAAACGUGUCACGAGACCAGGCAGAAGCGCAGCUCCAGCGCUGGCGUGGCACGUCUGCAGCUGUAGCAGCAGAUCACUCUGGUGUUGUCAGGAAUAGAAUUAGAAGUCACACUAGUUUUUGUCUCUUUCUGGAAGCAGUGAGCACACUGCUUUUUCACAGUAGUAAAUCCACUGUUUACAAACUUCAUUUUUAGUUGGGGAGGGGGCAUUUACAAGUGUGUAUUAAGGGGCAACCCUGCUCUGUUCACGUUCACUUCCAGUUAGGUAAAUCUAGAUGGAUGACAGGUCGUUCUGUUGAGCUUUGGUAACUGAAAUGAAUACAUGCUUUACCUGCAACUGUGUGUCAAACAAUGAAGUCUUUUCUUCAAGUAGCCCCAAGGAAAGCUAUUUGUCACUUGUAUAAUAAAAAUGUAAACCUUAAA